GUUUUUCUGCCUAUGAAGUAAGCAAUGGUUUUGAAUCUUACCAAGGGAAUAAUCUUCAUAUUUGCAACAGGACUUGGCAUUGUGGGGAACAUCUUUGUCCUUGUGAACUAUAUGUGUUUGUUUAGAAGCACUAUGAAAUCUGUGCAGCUUAUUCUCAUCCAUUUGGCUUUUACAAAUACAAUAACACUUGUGACAAAAGGAAUCACAAGGACAAUAUCCAUUUUUCUGUUAAUAAAUCUCAUGGAUACUGCAGGCUGUAAGAUUUUGAUUUACCUCAGUAGGGUGACCCGUGGCCUGUCCAUCAGCACCACCAGUCUCCUCACGGUGGUCCAGGCCAUCACCAUCAGUCCCAGAGCCUCCAGAUGGAGGUGGAUGCAGCCCAGGUCUGCAUGGCACAUCCUUCCCUUGUUGCUCUUCUUCUGGAUACUCAAUGCCUUGAUAAGCAUAAAUUUACCAUUUUAUAUAAAACAUAUCAGCAGCCUGAACACAUCAACUAUCAGUAAAAACAAUGAUUACUGUUAUUUUGAAUCAGAAAACACGAUAAUCAGAUGGAUUUUUAUUGUUCUCAUGGUUCUUCGUGAUGCUGUGCUCCAGGGUGUCAUGGGCUGGGCCAGUGGCCACAUGGUCUUCCUCCUCCACAAGCACCACCAGCAUGUCAUCUACCUGCAGACCUCCAAGCUCCUCUACAGAACUCCCCCUGAGAUGAAGGCUGCUCAAAGUGUUCUCCUUCUGAUGCUCUGUUUUCUCUUCUUCUAUUGGACAGAUUGUUUUACUUCUUUACAUUUAACUUUCUCAUUAGGGACAGAUUCCAUUGCAAUAGGUCUUCAUGAAUUUCUCACCAUUGGUUAUGCAAUUGUGAGCCCAUUUUUGCAGAUUCACAGAGAUGGUCACUUUGCUACUUGUUGGUUUGCUCACCUAGAGCUGACCCCGAAGUCAGAGAAACCUGUAGCGAUUCAGAAAUCUCUGCUGGACCUGACAGAAGAGCUUGAUGCAGAAAUGAAGCUCCAGGAGAAUGAGAGGUCAGAAGAGCUGGAAGACCAGGUGAAGGAAGCCACCACACCACCACCUCCACCCUCCAGAAUCAGGACCAUGAGACUGUGGCCCAGAGAGCUUUCCAGUCUCCACCUUCAAUUUCUCCUACCCUCCUGUGAACAGAGCACAGCACUGCCUCACCCUCAGUCCACGCUCAUUCUGAAGUCUCCCAGCCCUCAAGUGCACACAGGCUGCCUGGAGCAGGGUCCCAGCUGGCAGGCAUUCAGGGAGAGCAGGGGCACUGUAGGUGGGCAGCUCACCUGCAGCACUGGUCAUCAGUCUGCAGAGCUGCUUCUGCUCCUGAGGCGCCCUGUGGUCCACAACCAGUCUGAGCAGCAGCUCACACAGCAGGAGAACCUGCAGGUUGAUGGAGCAGAAUGUUGA